GCAUCCUUGGGUUCCUCUGUUCCACAUCUAAUUGAAUUGUGACAGAAUAGCCGAGUCAAUUAUGGAACCCGCAGAUGAGAAUCAGAUUCAGCUGGCCCUCAGGGCUCAUGGCCAGCGAAUAAGUGAUCACGAACAAGCUUUGUUAAACCUGACCACACUUGUGCAGGAGAUGCAUACACGCCUGUUUGUCCCUCACCCGCUCCCAGACUCUGAGGCUGCUCAACCUGCAGCUUCUUCUUACCCCAUGCCCUCGACAUCGUGUUUUCCUACCCGGGAGCCCAGCAUACCACACCCGCCCAGGUAUGAGGGGGACUUUGGACAAUGCAGACUUUUUUUUUAUAUCAAUGCUCUUUAGUUUUUGCACAGCAGCCUCACACAUACACAACAGACUCAGCCCGUGUGGCAUAUAUACUAAGUUUACUGGCUGGAAGAGCAGCUAGCUGGGCUAUGGAGGUGUGUGAGAGUAAACCCGGACUUCGUUCCAGCUUACCCCUAUUUUCCGCUGAGUUGCGCAGCGUCUUUGAUCACCCUGUGAGGGAACGAGAGGCAGGCAGCCGCCUCCUCGCUACACGCCAGGGGUCCUCCUCUGUCGCGGACCACUCAAUCUCCUUCCGAAUCCUGGGGGCGGAGAGUGGCUGGGGGGAGAGAGCUUUUCGGGGAGUAUUCCUGGCUAGCCUUAGCUCCCAGAUCCAAGACGAGCUGGCUGCCCACGACGAGACCCAGACCCUCGAGGAGCUCAUCUCACUCGCCAUCCGAUUGGACAACCGCCUACGAGAGCGACACGCCCAGAAGGGGGUGGAUCCUCCGUCCACCAGAUGGCAGUCAUCUACCUGGUCCACACGAUCAACAUCCAAGCCUCAGGUUUCGUCGCUUCCGCCUUCUGACUGCAGUGCCCCGGAGGAGGGGCUAGAGGGGUCCAUUCCUAUGCAGCUGGGUGGCAGUCGCCUGUCGUCUGCAGAGAGGAGUCGUCGGCUGAGAUUGCGGCUGUGCCUGUACUGCGGAGCUGCGGACCACGUCGUUGUUCGCUGUCCUGCGCGGCCUACUGGGGGCCGUUCCAUGUCCACCCGAGACCUUCCGCAGGGAAGAUUACCAACUUCGCCGCCUGCUCCUGUGGUGACGUCUGCUUCCUCACUCGUGGGAAGACUUCAAGUCGAAGAACAGUACCAUCUAAACAACUCAGCUCACGGCCAAUUUGGACCAGGCCUUCCUCACUCACACAGCAACCACAGCACAGUGGGACUCAACAAGUACACCUCCCUCAAAGCCGUGGCAGACAGUGCAUCUCAUCCCUACUACAAGAGCUUCCCACUCAUGGACUUUGCCCACUAUCAGGCGCCUCAAGCAUUCCACCCGGUGCCAGUACAGCCCAAAGAGAAGUCCUACAUCCACCAGCACCUUCCAUCGCAAACCAACCUCCACGCGCCUCUUUCCAUCUCGAUACCCCCCAGCCAUCUGGAGCACCCCCACCUCCCGAAGACCACCACACACCCACUGCUCUCCAGCUCGACCUUCAAAACCUGGGAGCCAACAGGUCGCCACGUCCAGAGGCAGAUCUCUGCCCCGGGGUCUGCAUCAAUGCACGCCUCCCAUUGGAGACAUGGCUACUCCACCCGUCGGCAGCAGAGCAUUGAGAACAUGCCGGAUGUUUUUAACCAACCCUACGGAAUGGUGUAUGCUGGGAGUAUGGCAGGCCAUGGCGCACAUUUCCAUGUGCAACACCCACCUCAAGCGCCGUACUACCACCAAACCAGGCAAAAGAGCUACUCCACCCACAGUGCGACCGAAGUGACUGUCUGAGCACCACAGCUGUACUGAUGCACAGUUACACACACUUUGGAGUCAACACCGGAAGCCCAAGAGUAAUGCUAUACUCAGCAAAAAAGGUGAAAAGGGUGCAAUUAAAACAUUUUGGAGGAACACAGAGGUUAUGGAAACAACUAAAAAGUUGUUAGUAUCCAAUAAAUUUUAUAGGAGUGUAUCUGGGAGAAACACUAAAAUACGGUCAACUUUCAUUGACGUGCAGACAGUGUGGGGACCAAGCUAAAAAAAUAUAUGUGUCUGUAUUACACCUGGGGUUUUUUUUGCAAAUCUGAAACAAUGUACACCUUUCCACAAGUCCAUCCUUCUGGAAAUAGGCCAGUGUCCUUUAUCGCCUAGUUUAAUACAAUAUAAAGUUUCUAGACUGAGUGGCUUCACUUGUUGUACACAAAAAGUACGAUUUCAUUUCAAUGUCUACCUCCAUGCAUUCCCCUAUUGUACCAUUUCCUAUCUCUCCAGAGCCUGCAUCCUAUCUCCACUAUGUACUGUUUUGCUUUUGGUGCCAUCAGGCCCAGCAUAGAGGAACAGCGCCCCCGAGGUGACAUUAACUCAACAGAGAGGACAAUGCCACCAUCAUGUCAGCUCCCAUCAGCCUCCAUCUCAACCAUGGAGAGGAGGAAAGGGAGCUCGUUAAAAGCCAGAGGCUCGGUCUCUUUAGAAAAGAGGAGAAAGAGAGGGCAGAGAAGAGAAAAUGCAUGUUGUUUUUUUUCCUAAGGGGAAAGGAAAAGCAAGGGAGUCACUGUGAAUCUGAGUUUCUCACUACCGAAUUGUCUGGGUCAUAACUCGCGAGUGUGUGGACCUGUGAGGACACUCCUGUGUUAUUUCUCCGCCUCCAGGCACUAUUGCCGGAAAAUGUGUGGAGGCAUUUGCAUGCCUCGAGCUUUAAACAUUACUCAUUUAUUCUCUGAAGCCUGGAUAGCAAAAGACACCGCGCACUGCAUGCUGCUGCAGACGAGCAACAGUUUGUUUUAUUUGGAAAGUCAACCUCAAGAACUGGGGGUAGGAGAAACAAAUUAAUAUAAAGGAUUUUAACAAAUUUUUGAUUGUUAGACUUAUACUUAGACAAACAUUAUUGAUCUACAAGAGAAUAUUUGGGGUGUAUGAGGUUUUACCCAAAGAACAAAUUAUAAAAAGAACCACCGACUGAGCAAAAAAACACUUUUUUGCAUCUAAACAACCUGCAGUGUUUCUUUUUAUUAUGUACUUGUAACUGGGUCAUGUGAACACAACCUGCUUUCAUGUUUAAAUUUGUAACUCUUGUUCAACACAUGUUGAUUUGCAAUUGUUUAAAUUUGCUGUAUUUUUGUUAGACUAUUAGUUUUUGUAUGCAAUAGCUGUUUAUCAAUCACAACUUUGUUGUCAGCACGUAUUCUGUCCACCUAUUAGAUAUUAAUAAAGUUUUUUAGUCUUUUACUUUCAAUAGCAUUUGCAGGAUUUCUGUAAUGUUUUGUAAAUAUGUGUAACACAAUGUGAGGCUAUGUAAAUGUUGUACUCAUUUUGUUGAGAAAAGGGCUUUAUGAAGGAGAUAUUUAUAUGUAGGAAUUUAUUAUAGCCGAUGUCAGAUUCAAACAGAAUUUAUUAUUGCAUAGAAUAACAUUAAAUAUGACACAUAGAGUGUUCUAUAAUAAAUGUGCGCUAUUCUAAUGUGCAAGUGAGGCGCUUAAAGUAAGCCUUCAGUACCGUUUGUCACAUUGUUCCAGUGGACUUUCUGUUUUAUGGCAAAAGUAGUGGCAGAAUUAAAAUAUGGUAGAAGAAUAAAAAAGACCGGAGUGGACAUGGUGUCCAAACAAUUGAUUAUGUUUUUAUUGUGUGACUCUACAGUAGUGACUGGUAAAUGAAGCAUGUAUUAUGGAAAUUGGAAUAGGAAAAGUCACAAUGCACUUAUAGGUUAUUAUACUAACUGUACGGCAUGUAAGACAAUUACCACCGGUAAGUAUGAUACCUUAGUGCAAUAUGUUGGAGGCUGGAGCAAAAGAAAGUGAACUGUACAAUAUUUACCAAAAACCCAGAAAUGUUACAGGACUGUUUUUCUUCACAGAAACGUUUAAAAGAGAAUUA